UUUGAUGAUGAAUUAAGAUAAUAAAAAUAACUAAAUUUAUAUCUUUAAAAAUAUAAAUAAAAAAAAAUCCAUCCAAUUCAGGAAACAACACCCCUAAAUCCAAUUAUUUGGUAAGAUAUAAAAUUUUGUUCGGUCUCACCAGGACAAACACCUUUAAAAUAGUGCUAUAAUGUUCUAGGACAACACUUUCAACCACGCUUAGCAUACAAUACAAAAUUUUAAAGAUCGUUUUUCUAGCGGUGAUACAACGACCCUUGUAGUUAGAGAGGAUAUGGAAAAGAGUCUCUUAGAGAAGGAGGGUGCUUCACCCACAAUAACAUGGAGUUGUAUCGUUCAAGAGAUGAAAAGUGUCGGUUAUAUAGCAGGUCCUAUGAUUGCUGUCACUUUGUCACAGUAUUUUCUGCAAAUAAUAGCAAUGAUGAUGGUUGGUCACUUGGGCAAGCUUGCUCUCUCUAGCACUGCCAUUGCCAUCUCUCUCUGUGCUGUCACUGGUUUCAGUCCUAUUUUUGGAAUGUCAUGUGCACUAGAAACUCAAUGUGGGCAAGCAUAUGGAGCACAGCAAUAUCGAAAAUUCGGUGUUCAAAUUUACACUGGUAUUGUUUCUCUUACUUUAGCUUGUCUUCCUCUAACUCUUUUGUGGAUCUACUUGGGGAAGAUACUCGCUUUACUUGGCCAAGACCCUUUGAUUUCUCAAGAAGCUGGAAACUUUGCCUUGAGCAUGAUCCCUGCUCUAUUUGCUUAUGCAACACUUCAGUCCUUGGUUCGAUAUUUUCUUAUGCAAAGUUUGAUCAGUCCCCUUGUCAUUAGUUCUGCCAUUACUCUAUGCUUCCAUGUAGCUUUCUGUUGGCUACUAGUUUUUAAGUCUGAAUUGGGCAACUCCGGAGCAGCAUUUUCUAUUGGAACUUCAUACUGGCUGAAUGUGAUUUUACUCGGAUUAUAUAUGAAAUUCUCUCUUCAGUGUGAAACAACUCGUGUCCCAAUUACAAUGGAACUAUUCCAUGGGAUGGGAGAGUUCUUCCGCUAUGCUAUUCCUUCAGCAGGUUGCCUUGAAUGGUGGUCAUUUGAGCUGCUAACCUUGCUUUCUGGCCUUCUACCAAAUCCAGAGCUUGAAACUUCUGUCUUAUCCAUAUGUUUAUCAAUCAUCGCGACAAUCUACACAAUCCCAGAAUCAAUUGGUUCAGCAGUCAGCGCUAGAGUUUCAAAUGCAUUAGGAGCUGGAAAUCCACAAGCAGCACGAGUGUCUGUUUCUGCUGCAAUGGCUCUUGCAGUUUUGGAGGCCAUUCUUGUGAGCUCAACCAUUUUUGCUUGCAGACAUGUUUUAGGUUAUGUAUUUAGCAAUGAGCAGGACGUGGUGGAUUAUGUCACAGAUAUGGUUCCUCUUUUAAGUCUUUCUAUUUUACUUGACACCUUACACGGUACUCUUUCAGGCAUUGCUAGAGGAUGUGGAUGGCAGCAUCUGGGAGCAUAUGUAAACCUUGGAGCUUAUUAUGUUUUGGGAAUUCCAACUGCUGUUAUAUUGAGUUUCUGGUUACAAUUAAGAGGUAAAGGGCUGUGGAUUGGAAUAUUAGUUGGUGCCUUCAGCCAAGCAGUUAUGCUAGCUCGUAUAACAAGUUGUACAAACUGGGAAAUCCAGGCAAUUAAAGCAAGGGAAAGGAUAUUUCAGACAAGUUUUGCUGUAGAAGACGGGCUAGUUUAAGCAAAUGAGAGAAGAUCAAAUUUUAGUUACUUAGAGGAGGAAAAAGUUUUCUAACAGAACAUGUGUAUUAAUAUUGAUCUGUUAUUUUUUCUCAAUCCAAGUUUUGUUAGGGUUAUGUAUUGUGAAGUAAAGCAAUUUGAUGGAUUCAAGCA